GUGGAGUUACUAAGAGGGACUGAAGAUCUCCUGCUGCUGCUCUUACUUUAAGUCAGGGUUUCCAAACUUCAGUACCAUCAAUAGAACACCAUGAGGAACAUUGCGACCGCUGUUACAUUCACAUUGGUGUCUUUCACUGUGAUCUGCCAUGUUACAGGAUCUGAAAGCACAAUCUCCAACUCCACAAACCAUGGCAGUAGCAUUUCCUCAGAUGAGUGUUCAGACGUCACAGCAACCUGCAGUAUGGCUGCAAAGUGCUGCCAGAUGAGAGUGGGUGACUACGGCUGGAUAGCUGCGGCAGUGGGCUGGGGCCUCUGGUUCCUCACUCUCAUCCUGCUCUGUGCCAACAAGCUCAGUAAAAUGGGAGUCGACGAACAGAAAAAGUACAUUCGAGCCUGAGGACUGGGCCGAAAACCAGAAAUGAAACAGUUUUACUGACUAUGACUUUAUUAUAAGCUCAACCUAUAUGUCUGAAUUCUUUAAAGCUUAUACCAGCAUAAGAAAGUCACCUGGUAACUGUAUUAUGUUCCCAAAGGUAUUACAAUCCAACCUUUAUUAGCUUCCUUGACCCUUUCAUUCAUUCAGUUGUACUUUUAUUUUGUACAACACUGUAGGGACUCCUUCACCUCCAUGGUGGUUUGUACUUCUUAACGUCCCCCAUGUAUUUCUUUCCAGUUAGAACCUUGGUGAGUGAUAGACACUCCUCGGAAUAGGACUGUAGCGAGGUGGGUAGUCUCCUGUCACAUGCUAGGUGGCAUAGCCUGGGGGGAUGUCCUCCCAUGUGUUAAACGAAUGCCAGCUUCAACUAUGUAAAUAGUUUUAUGUUUGGUAGGGUUAAAAUCCCAAUCCCUGCAUGAAAACGGUCUCACUGAUUCCCUCCAUUCCAGCCAUGUGAGAAUGUGCCUGGACUGGAGGAAAAUCAGGACCUCAUUGGUUUGCCAGAUGGUCAAUGAGUUAUGCUCUUUAGUUAAUUGCGGUCCAUCUGCAUAGUACAGUACAUAUAAGUAAAGCUGUGUGUGUGUGGUGUAAUGUGCUUUUAUAGAGCCCUAAGCUGGGCAGGGUAGUUCUUGUUUGUUUGUAAAUUGUAAAGCCUGUGUGUGUUUGUUUGCUUGUUUUAUUUAAUGGUUCUACUACAAAAUAAAAUUGCCUAAAAAUUA